GACAGGACAUCAAGCACCUGAGCUCCACAUCGAUCAGUACCCACAGCCACUCCACUCUCAGCUCAGGGACUCGGUGUCAGGGCGACCCAAGACAGAAGAAUCAUGGGAUCCGUGACGGCGUCGACGAUGGCACAGCCCACCCUCCGCGUGGCCGCCUUCUGCGGCUCCCUCCGCAAGGACUCAUGGCACCGCGGCCUCAUCCGCGCCGCCGAGGAGCUGUGCGAGGAGUCCAUCCCGGGGCUGCGCAUCGACCACGUGGACAUCUCCGGCCUGCCCAUGGUCAACCCGGACCUGGAGACCGACGGCGGCGAGGGCUUCCCGCCGGCCGUCGAGGCGCUCCGCGAGAGGGUCCGCGCCGCCGACUGCUUCCUCUUCGCCUCGCCCGAGUACAACUACUCGGUCACCGCCUCCCUGAAGAACGCGCUGGACUGGGCGUCCAGGGGCAAGCGCAACUGCUGGGCGGACAGGGCGGCGGCGAUCGUGUGCGCGGGGGGCGACUUCGGCGGGGCCAGGGCGUCGCUCCACCUCCGCCAGAUCGGGGUGUUCCUCGACCUCCACUUCAUCAACAAGCCGGAGCUCCACAUCAGGGCGUUCGCGGACCCGCCCAAGUUCGACGAGGAGGGCAACCUCAUCGACGCCGUGACCAGGGAGCGGCUCAAGAAGGUUCUCCUCUCGCUCCAGGCCUUCGCGCUCAGGCUCAAACACAAGGACGAGUGACUGACUCAAGAUCAACGAUACUACUUGGCAGUUGGCACCGUAUACCGUACCUGCUGGUUAAUUUGCAUUGCAUUUUCCUUCAGCUCCGUGCACUAGUAUUCGUGGUUCCGUGAAAUCCCCUAGGAAGUGUGUGCUACUUUGUCUAAUAAAUCGCCGAAGAAUUGUUCUGUACUGUUUAACGUGUGGAAGCUUAUGUGUUUUACCGUUGCUACUAGAACGCGAGCGCGCACCACGCCCGUCUAUGUUGAGAAAACAAAAGAAAAUUAUUGAAGAAAUUGAUAUUGUCAAAACA